GUCCCGCACUGCCCUGCCCGGGGAGCGAGUUCUGGAGCCCAGGGAAGCAGGAGGAUGCUGCUGCUGCUGCUCCUGGCACUGCUGGGCCCCGCUGGCUGCCCCAGGACAGAGCCCCUGAGUGGCUCCAGCCAGGAGCCGUUGUUCCGCGGCGCCGAUCGCUACGACUUCGCCGUCGUCGUCCCUGCCGGCACCGUGGAAUGUUUCUGGCAGUUCUCACACCAGGGCGGCAACUUCUUCUUCAGCUACGAGGUCCAGCGGGCAACGGGGAUUGGCAACAGCAGGAACAUCCUGGUCACAGCCAGUGAUCCCAAUGGCUUCCAGCUUGGAGUGUCCCAGGACGUGCGAGGACAGAUCAACUUCCUCACCAAGGACACAGGUUUCUACCAGCUCUGCCUGGACAACCAGCAAAACCACUUCGGCCUCAUGCAGGUCUAUCUCAACUUUGGUGUGUACUACGACGACUUCAACAUGGAACACGAGCAGCCAGCAGAGAGGAAGGAGCUGAACGACACCCUGGAGGCAAUUGGGGUGAGCAUCCAGAGGCUGCAGAUCCACACAUUCCACAUGUGGCGCUUCUACAACUUCGCCCGGAUGCGGAAAGGGGCCGACUCCUUCCUCCUGGAGUCCAACUACAACUAUGUCAACUGGUGGUCCCUGGCCCAGAGCUGUGUCAUUGUCCUCUCCGGGGUGCUGCAGCUCUGCUUCCUCAAGCGCCUCUUCCACACGCAAACCUCGGGCAGCCACAAGUGCUAGAACAGGGCAGGGACCACCCUGCAGAGCCUGCCUGCCGCUGUCCCACCUCAGAGUCAGAGGAAAUGCUGGAUCCUGCUUCCAGGAGGAGGCUGCAGGGUUCCCCCUGCUCCUGCCUCAUUUCUAGCCCUGACACCAUCCCGAGAAAAGUCAAAGGUCACGCUGUCACCUGAGUUCUGUGUGGCUUUGUCACGUUUCUAUGUCUUAAUGGGCUUUUUCUACCACACUCACAAUAAAAGAACCCCUGGCAAAGUCUGGGGAGCGACUGCUGCCUGC